AUGAACAAGACUGAUAGUCAAGGCCAAACACCACUCCACAUCUUAGUUAACCAGCAUAAUCUUUCUCCAUCUCAGCAAGACAAAGCUUUCCAAAUUUGCGACAUGUUAAUCGUAAAAGGAGCUAAAAUCGAUGCAAAAGACAAAGCUGGAAAGACACCAUACGACUAUAUUCGCAAGAAAGAUUAUCCUGAUUUGAAGAAACGUUUGAGAAAUCAAUAA